AUGCGCCGCGUCCUCCGGCUGCUCCUCGGCUGCUUCCUCACCGAGCUGUGCGCCCGCGUGUGCCGCGCGCAGGAGCGAGCGGGGCACGGGCAGCUGGCGCAGCUGGGCGGCGUGGUGGUGCUGGCGGGGGGCAACCGCUCCGGGGCAGCCUCCGGAGAGGCCGGCGAGGGCGCGGGGGCCUCGGACGCGCCCCCGACCCGGGCUCCCACGCCGGACUUCUGCCGGGGCUACUUCGAUGUCAUGGGCCAGUGGGACCCGCCGUUCAACUGCAGCUCGGGCGACUUCAUCUUCUGCUGCGGGACUUGUGGCUUCCGGUUCUGCUGCACCUUCAAGAAGCGGCGCCUGAACCAAAGCACCUGCACCAACUACGACACCCCGCUCUGGCUCAACACCGGCAAGCCCCCGGCGCGCAAGGACGACCCCCUGCAUGACCCCACCAAGGACAAGACCAACCUGAUCGUUUACAUCAUCUGCGGGGUGGUGGCCGUCAUGGUGCUCGUGGGCAUCUUCACCAAGCUGGGGCUGGAGAAAGCGCACCGGCCCCAGAGGGAGCACAUGUCCAGGGCCCUUGCGGAUGUCAUGAGGCCACAGAGCCACUGCAACACUGACCACAUGGAGAGAGACCUCAACAUUGUGGUCCAUGUCCAGCAUUAUGAGAACAUGGAUACCCGAACCCCCAUAAAUAAUCUUCACACCACCCAGAUGAACAACGCAGUGCCCACCUCCCCUCUGCUGCAGCAGAUGGGCCACCCGCAUUCCUACCCCAGCCUGGGGCAGAUCUCCAACCCCUACGAGCAGCAGCCGCCGGGCAAAGAGCUGAACAAGUACGCCUCCUUGAAGGCUGUGGGAAGUUCUGAUGGUGACUGGGCAGUGGCGACACUUAAGUCACCUAAAGCCGACAAGGUCAACGACGACUUCUACUCCAAGCGCCGGCACCUGGCCGAGCUGGCCGCCAAGGGCAACCUGCCCUUGCACCCCGUGCGCGUGGAGGACGAGCCGCGGCCCUUCAGCCCCGAGCACGGGCCGGCCAAGCAGAACGGACAGAAGUCCCGCGCCGGCAAGAUGCCCCCGCACCCGCUGGCCUACAACGCCACCGCCAACUUCAAGGGCUGGGACCCCAACGAGCAGUCUCUGCGGCGGCAGGCCUACGGCAACAAGGGCAAGCUGGGCACGGCCGAGUCGGGCUCCAGCGACCCCCUGGGAACUCGCCCCCAGCACUACCCGCCCCCACAGCCAUACUUCAUCACCAACAGCAAAACAGAGGUGACUGUCUGAGCUCUCGCCGCAGGGAGCAUCCUGGAGACCACACUCAACUGAGAGGCAAAAAAUUCCCCGGCCCGCACCUUCCCUGUCCUCUCCCCACCCCAGCCCGGCCACCCUCCACAUGCACUGACCCCACCAUCACCUACGGGUGACGUGGAAUCACGCUUUUCCUGGGUCACGCCUGACACGUGGCGGUGGGCAGCCGAACCGAAGCAUGAACGUUCAGCAAUACAGCAAAGGGAAACUGAGGCACACGCUUUCCACUUCCGGCCCACGGGGGCUGACUCACCUGCCCAA